UCUUAAACCACCAUGAUAUGGGUUAGCUCAUGUCAAUCAUUUUGACUGUAAAUCAAGCUGAGACUCGUCGCAAAAUUCAUCAAGUCUAAACAAAAAUGAAGUUCUCCAAGCUGAGCGCCAAUUUUCUGAUAGAAAGAAAUUUGAAGGACGAGAAAUAUAUAACCGUAUAUGACCAAUACACUCCCGACUAUACAAGACAAGCAGUUACUGGAAAAUUUUAUUCGAAAUUCGAACUCAAAGUUGACGAGGCAGAUCCUGCUAUAUUGAAAAAACUGGAAUGGGUGAAAGAUUUUGGACCGAGACAGAAGCGCGAAUGGCCAGAGACGAUGAAUCAAUGGUACGGUUGGUACCUUGAACCCCUGGUACCAGUGGACAAGAGCAACAAAAUGUUAUACUACCCGCAAGCCAGCAGCGAGUUGACAAAAGUUGGUCUGCAACUGUUGAAGGAGAAAACGAAAAAGAAACAGUGACCAUGAGGAUGUUGACGUAUUCUUAUGUAACGGGAAUAAAAUGUUUUUCAUUACAUUAUUUACUGAAUACAGGUGACGUUCAAAACACAAAACAAGAAUAUAGAACACACGAAACAAGAUUAAUGCUCCAGCAGUAAGGACAGCCUAUCAGACAGCAGAUCCUUGUUGCUACUCAGCAGAACAGCAUCAUCAGAAACGGCGUCACCAAGACCAUCGAAACGCCUCAGAAGGGCUUCCACAUACCAUCCUGGGGACUCUAGGGACGAAACUCCAACACCUAGAUACAGGAGGAGGUUUGGUAGUGUCAACGAGGUGCUAUUAGAGAGUGGAUCCAGUUCGGGAAUGGACAGCACGCCACAAUCAACCCCUAUCCACCGACCUCGUCCCCCAGGGGAGUCCCUUUUGCUACCGCCACCCUGCAAGUGCCCUUAUUUCGGCGACCAGCCCCCAGACAGGGCACCACCUCAACCUGCCGAGUUGAAGAUCGUGCCCAGCGACCGGUUAAGGGUCAUGGCUGGUCAGGGAGGUGGUACUACUGGGUCGGAAACCACACCGGGAUCGAGAAGACGUUUGGGAGGCGAGUCAUCGCCUAAUCUCAUGGUCACGUGGGAAUCCAGGAGGAGUCACCGGAGAGGUUCAAGCUACGGUACGACCCGAUCAAUCCUGGUAACAAACUCCAGUCCUUUGGGCAGCCAACGCACCCCGCUGUUGCUGAGAUCAGCGACGCUGCGUCAAAACGGCCACAGCGUGGUAGGAGGAAGCAGUCCCGGGUUGGGAGACAGGGCUAAGAACCCUUCCUCGCCUUGCUUGCUCCAAAGGUACGCCUUCAACAACGCGGGUACUGCGGGAGGGGGCAAGGGAAUCCGGCCUCACCACAGCAGGAACUCCAGUGUUAUAUCCAGGAAUUCAUCCAGGCAUGGAAGAAUCAUCAGAUUAGAGCAGAAAGCUACCAAGGUGCUAGGCGUGGUGUUUUUCACAUUUGUGGUACUGUGGGCGCCAUUUUUCAUCCUCAACCUGCUGCCUACGUUCUGCGACGAGUGUGACAAGGGAUUGGACAACUGGGCCGUGCAGCUGGUCACGUGGCUCGGGUAUGCCAGCAGUAUGGUCAAUCCCGUUUUUUACACCAUAUUCAACAAGGUGUUCCGACAAGCGUUCAAGAAAGUACUUACGUGCAAGUACCGAAAAUCUGCAGCUUGGAGACCGCACAGGUGACACCAGCCUGUUCCCGGAAGAAGAAACCGGAUGACUAUUAGAAGUGCACAUUUGUAGAAAUUAUGAAGUCGUUUUAGAAUUGUAUUUUUUCACUAAAGCUCUUCCAAUAGUUCUGAGUGUAUCUAUAUAU